AGCAUAUAUUUUUUUUAAAUCUUUGAUUUACUUAUUUCAAAGUUAAUUGUGCUAUAAAUAUGGCUAAUAUUGAUUACAUGGCUGAUGCUGAUUAUAUUUUUGAUAAAAGACUUCUUGAACGACUUGAUUAUAGCAAAAGUAUUACAACUGUUAAUCAUAAUAUUUCAUAUACUUAUCCUGGUAAGGAUUUGGUUUUGCGACCAUUACUCUGCAGCGAUUAUGAAAAGGGUUACAUGGACCUUCUUUCUCAGCUCACACAACCUGGAAUUGUAACAAAAAAAAUGUUUAAAGAACGCUUUGAUUCUAUGAAAAAAAUGAAAGAUGUUUAUCUAAUUGUUGUGGUUGAAGAUAUACAAAUGCAAAAAGUAGUUGGCUCAGCUACAUUGUUUAUUGAGAAUAUCUUAACUUCUCAAUUUAAACCAAUUAAAAUAGGUCGUAUUGAAGAUGUUGUUAUUCAUGACUCUCAGCGCGGAAAAUAUCUUGGUAAACUUUUAUGUGAGACAUUGGUUCUUCUUGGAAAACAAUUAAAAUGCGUUGAGAUAACACUUGAGUGUAAAGAUAAUUUAGUAAAAUUUUAUCGAAGUUUAGGUUUCGAACUUGAUAAAAUGCAUAAAUACAUGACCCUUAGGUACACAUAAA